AUGGAAACUCUCUCAGCAUCGUUGAACCUCCCUCCACUACCUCCUCGUAGAUCAUCCAUCUCCGGCCGCUUUAAACCCACCGUUAACGCAACCGCUACCAAUCUUUCAAAACCACCAUCAUCGUCUUCCUCCUCCCACCACAAAAACCUUACCUUCCCCAGAGGAAUCUCAUUAUCGCUUCCGAACGUAAAACCCUCAAGAGCUCCUCAACCGCCUCCGUCUCCUCCUCCUCCUGUGCACGAGAAAGCGGCGUCUGGAUUUGCUGCGGCGCUCGUAAGCGUUUGUCAAUCGAAGAAUUGUCUUGGCCGGACUCAAGAAGAUGUCAGAAGGUUGAUGGCGUUUCUUGUGGGAGAAGACAAGAACAGGAACAACAAUCACAACAACAAGGUCUUGGUCAACGAGGUUGUUGAGAGAGGUAAGUUUGGUAAACACUUGAAGGGAUUGGUCAAGAUGCUGGUUACAAGAGGCAAAUCUGAGAUUCUGUUUGAUGUCUUGAUGGAGUUUGAGAGAAUCUAUAGUGAACUUGUUGUUACAAAACUUGUCUGGGUUACUUAA